AUGUCCCUCUCCGCAGUGCUGACCGCCAACAACAAAACCCUUUCUACACUCAACGGCCUCCUCGCAGCCCAGCCCGCUCUCGUCACAGCCCUCUCCAGCGCUCAGGGAAUUACGAUCUUAGCACCGAGCAACGAUGCAUUUAGCAAGAUCCUCAGCACUUCCGCAGGAAUGGCUCUCGAAAAAGACCCCUCAAUGAUCACAGCCCUCCUCCAAUACCACGUCCUCAACGGUUCUGUGCCCGCCAGCGCCUUCACCACCACCGCGCAAUUCAUUCCCACCCUCCUCACCAACACCUCUUUCGCCAACAUCACGGGCGGCCAAGUAGUAAUGGGCAUGCUAUCCGGCAAGUCCGUCGAAGUCUUCUCGGGCCUCAAGGAAAAGUCCACCGUCACCACCGCAGAUAUAAUGUUCAGCGGGGGCGUCAUGCACAUCAUCGACACCGUACUCACCAUUCCUCUUUCCGCUUCUGCUUCCGCGAUCGAUUCGCAAUUAACUACUCUAGCGGGAGCACUCACAAAGACCAGUUUGGUAACGACGGUUGAUUCAUUGAAGGAUGUGACGAUCUUCGCGCCGUCCAACAAAGCAUUCCAGGACAUUGGGUCCGCCGCAGGGAGUCUGACGAACGAUCAAUUGAGCAGUAUUUUAGAGUACCACGUCAUUGCUGGCACGGUGGGCUAUUCAAGUCUCCUGACGAGCGGGCUUGCGAAUGAGACACUGCCCACGGUCUUAGGGGGUGAGGGCGUCGCGAUCGAAAGUGUGGAUAAGAAGGUUUUUGUCAAUAGUGCGCAGGUGGUUAUUACGGAUAUUAUUGUCGCGAAUGGGGUUAUGCAUGUUAUUGAUAAUGUACUCAACCCCUCAAACACAACGGCCUCUCCAGUCCCCACAGCCACCAGCCAAGCAGUCGCUUUCGCAGGCGUCUCUGCUGCUUCAGAUGUCCCGUUCACAUCGGGUAUUUCGGCCACGACGACCGCACCGAGUGCUAGCACGAUGACUGCCGCGGCGUUUGGAGGCAUGCCGAGUGGCGCUGUGGGGAUGGCGGCAUUGUUUGGGGCGGGUGCUGCUGUCGUUGUUGGGUUUUAG